UUCCAAAUGCCAGCGCCCACAAACUAGCCCAGGCCCAGCUCCUAAAGCUGGUGCCGAUCUCGCGCCUUCGAGUCCUCCUAGAGCCUUCGACCGUCCCCCUCAGGCCCCGCCCCGGCCUCUCUAGCUUCGACUCCUCUCGCUGGUGGCGGCGCUCGGCCGCGCUCGGCCGCGCUCGCCUGGGCCUCCGGAGGCCACCCGAGGCGGCGGGGCCGACCGCUGUGGACCUGCCAGGGCCUCUGGCUCGCCGCCGUCAAGAACUGCGAACGGCUGGGGCGGCCCACAGGUCUGCGCCGUGGAUCCUUCCGGGCCGGGUGUCGAGGACGGUGCUUCCCUGAGCGCUGGGACAGGCCCAGGCCGCCACAAGGGCCUGCGUGCCCCGCCGCUCAGUCUCCCCCGCGUCCUGCACCUACUUGAGCUCACGCUCGCCCUGCCCAGCUCCCGAGUUUUGUUCCCGCUUUUUCCAGUCUAAUUAGUCUUUUAGCACAGGUGUUUCCAGUGGCCUUGGGACUCUGGCAAAUUUAGAACUGUACCUAUUCUAUCAUCUAGUCAUGGGACCUCGGAACCUGGGGUUCCCGCAGAGCUGCCGUUAGGGCUCCAGGUCCCUGACUUCUGUUACUCCACUCCAAGUUAAAACUCUCUUUCCUGUCUCCUCAAACUCAUUACUGCCCAAGUGCCAUGGCCCCCAAGCCCGGGAGUGAGUGGAGCACAGUCCUGUCCCACCUGGUGCUGGGAAUGGUGUCUCUUCAUGGAGCGGUGAGUUCUGCGCAGUGUACUAAUGGUCACUUGAUGUGCGCUGGCUGUUUUAUCCACCUACUAGCAGAUGCCCGGCUGAAGGAGGAGCAGGCCACAUGCCCCAACUGUCGUUGUGAGAUCAGUAAGAGCCUCUGCUGCCGGAACCUGGCUGUGGAGAAAGCCGUGAGCGAGCUGCCCUCAGAAUGUGGCUUUUGCCUGCGCCAGUUUCCUCGUUCCAUCCUGGAGAGGCACCAGAAAGAGGAAUGCCAGGACAGGGUGACCCAGUGCAAAUAUAAGCGCAUCGGCUGCCCAUGGCAUGGCCCUUUCCAUGAGCUGACAGUGCAUGAAGCUGCAUGUGCCCACCCCACCAAGACGGGCAAUGAGUUGAUGGAGAUCCUAGAUGAGAUGGACCAGAGCCACCGCAAGGAAAUGCAACUCUACAAUAGCAUCUUCAGCCUGCUCAGCUUUGAGAAGAUUGGCUACACAGAAGUCCAGUUCCGACCAUACCGCACGGAUGACUUCAUCACACGCCUGUACUAUGAAACACCGCGGUUCACAGUGCUGAACCAGACAUGGGUCCUGAAGGCUCGUGUGAAUGACUCAGAGCGCAACCCCAACCUGUCUUGCAAGCGCACACUUUCCUUCCAGCUCCUCCUCAAGAGCAAGGUCACAGCACCCCUGGAGUGCUCCUUCCUGCUGCUCAAGGGCCCGUAUGAUGAUGUGCGAAUCAGUCCUGUCAUCUACCACUUUGUCUUCACCAACGAGAGCAAUGAGACGGACUAUGUGCCUCUGCCCAUCAUCGACUCUGUGGAGUGCAACAAGCUGCUGGCUGCCAAGAACAUCAACCUGCGGCUCUUCCUCUUCCAGAUACAGAAGUAGGAUGGGCCCAGGAUGCCCAAGGAGCUGAGGGCCAAGGCUGGCGCCGCCAUCCCAUCCACCCCUGGCUUGGCAGCGGCUUCACAUGACCAUCUGAUCAUUUUAGCAAAAGAGGAGAACAGACAAAACCAAACACUGGGAAAGUCUGCAUGCGUGUGCCACAGGGUCCCUGCCUCCAGCUCCCCCUCUUCCCGGCCUCCCCCCUCCUGAGGGUGGCUGGAGGCUGGGCUGACCGCAGAGGAGACAGUGCUUUGGGCUACCCAGGCUCAGGGAUGGGUGGUGAGGAGGGCGAGAACCAGCGGCCCUGCCCCUGCACCCAUCCUCACAGUGAGGCAGCACUGCCUGCUCUGGUCCCGGGCCGGGCUCAGGGGCCCUCGCUGACUUCAGACGGCAUAUUUGAUUGCAAUUAAAAGGCAGCCUUGUUUCCUA